GACGGUCCUUAACCUCUCAAGAUCCUUGCAAUUGUCAUUCUCAAAGCUUGAACUCAGACAGCUAUCUCACUCAAAGUAAGAACUGGGAAGUAGUUUAUUUAACGACCACAGGAUAAUAACAUGACCGGCCUCUCCGCACUCAUCGUGGGCGCAACCGGCGCAACAGGUCGCCACCUCCUCCGCGAAGUCCUCUCUUCUCCACAUUUCACCCGCGUGGGCGAGUUUGGGAGACGUGUGACGCCGCUCGACAGUCCCUAUGUGCCGGAGGGGGCGAAAGAGAAGUUAAAGCAAGAAGUCGUUGAUUUUGAGAAAUUAGAUGUUGAGAAGUGGAAGGAGGGGAAUUGGGAUGUUGUGUUUAUCACGAUGGGAACGUCAAAGAAGAAAGCCGGCUCGGCCGCUGCAUUUGAGAAGAUCGACAGAGAAUACGUCGUGAACGCCGCAAAAGCCGCACGAACGACCUCACCGACCCAACGUCUCGUCUAUGUCUCCGUCAACGUGGCUAACGCUUCCUCCUGGUUGCUCUACCCCCGUUCAAAAGGCCUCACCGAGCAAGAACUCGUCUCUAUCGGAUAUCCAGACACGAUCAUUUUCCGGCCUGGAGCGCUGACCGGUGCGGACAGGGGAAACGAGUCCAGGCCACUUGAGAAGAUCAGUCUCCCGUUGAUGAAUUUGUAUGCACACUUCAGCGACGAAGCUCAGGUUUCGGUUACCGAAGUCGCAAAAGCGAUGCUCAUUGCGGGCCACCUUGGGGGGUCGAAACUCCCACCGUCCGCGAAGGCGAAGAAAGAAAUAUUCGAGGGCAAGGAGUUCGUGGGGGUUCCGAACUCGGGGGCUGUUGGGCUGGCGAAGGAGGAGCUGUGAGUAUGAGUGUGAGUGCGAGUGUGAGUGGGUCGGGGUUCAUCAGGGACAGGUUGCGAUGGAGAGUCAGGGAACGCAGGAGGUGGAGGGUGGAGGGUCAGCGAGAGGACGAGGAAGAUAGGAUGGGGGUCGUCGUGCGUUGCCUCCGUGUAAGUUACGAGAAGUCAUCGUUCAGUUUUUCUUCCUGCUCUGUCCGCACCCUAUAUCUGGAUUUUUCCCUCCGGUACUUUUAUCUUUUGUAAUGUGGCGAGUGUUGUUGUAAUACACACUAUCUUGUUUCUCUCACCCCGUCCGAUAUUGUAUCGUUUUUUCACUGAG